AUGACACAACACAGAUAUAAUUCUGAGUCUGGUUGCUAUUUGGAUCUUAUGUUCUUGCACUAUGGAGAACUGGUCGGAACGUACCCAUGGUUUUUCCUGAUCGCGCCAAUAGUUCUCACAGUCAUAUUGUGCUUCGGCGUUUUCCGCAUGAAAGUAGUCGACGACAUGAGGGAACUGUACUCGCCACCGGGGUCGCCUUCCAUCGAAGAGCAUCGGAUCGUAAGCGCUUUUUCUGCACAGAAUAACAGCGACAACUCAGCUCUGUUCAUCAUAAUAACACAGCAAAACCGUGGCGAUCUGAUGACAAGAUCCAACAUCGACAUCAUUACAAGCAUUAACAACCAUAUUUUGAAUAAUCUAACUAUCGAUCUAGAUGGAAAGCGGCAAAACUUUGCUGAAGCUUACUGCGCGAAAAUGUCCAGAUGUGGCGAAAGCAAUCAGGCGAUUCAGCUGCUAGCUGAUGUGUUCUUUAACCCGAAGUACAUGUCCAGAUCAGAUGUUAAUAUAUCUUAUCCUGUUUCAAAAGUGUUCGAUAACUACAUAUAUCUUGGAGGAACACUUGGAGGGGUAGAACUCGUUCACCUCAUUUAUACGUACCCAACAUACGGUCUUAAAGGCGUAGAAACUGCAUUUGAGAUGAGUGUUGAAGAGUACCUUAGGGAGGUUAAGUCAGAGCAUGAAAAUCUGGAAUUCGAUCUAUUCAGCAGCAACAUAUUGAAAAAUGAAGUUGCUAGAACGACGCUUUACGCCUUGCCGUACUUUCCGAUCAGCAUCGGCUUAAUUGGCUUGAGCAACAGUCUAUUCUCAAUCGGCGCGUCGAUCGGUCUUAUGUGUCUCAUUGGAGUUCCAUAUAACAAUACAGUGACCGUUGUGCCAUUUAUAACGUUAGCACUUGCUGUUGACGACAGCUUCAUCAUGCUAGCUGCUUGGCAGCACACGGAUAUGAAGUUAUCACCUAGAAAGCGAAUGGGAUUGACUCUGAAAGAGUCCGGGGCGGCGAUCACGAUGACCUUCUUGACAGAUGUGUUCGCGUUCAUUAUCGGAGCGUUUUCUUCGACUCCGGCAAUAUCGGCGUUUUCCUAUUACACAGUCGGAUCGCUGGUUUUCGACUAUUUGUAUCAGCUGACGUUUUUCUGCGGUGCGACCGUGCUCGGUGGAGUCCGCGAGGCGAAUAAGCGUCACUCGAUACUCUUUUGGCUGCCGACCUGCGAGAAAACCAGAAACAUUAGUCCUGUGCAUUACCACCUGCGGAAAUUGUUCCCGAAAUUACUCACCUACCUACCUUCGAAAUGUAUCAUUAUGCUCAUUUACGUUGUCUACUUGGCGUUUUCAUUUUAUGGGUGUUGCAUAAUUGACAUUGAUUUAAGACCGAGUCACUUGCUUGUCAAGUCGUCUCCGCUGCAACAGUACAUCGCACUGGCCGAAAAGUACGUUUUCGCACAGGGUUUCAUUGCGACAGUUUAUGUACAGAAGACGCCGGAUUUGCGCAAUGAAACGCAAAUCACACAGUUUAUGACGUUCGUCCAUGAACUGGAAUCAACUCCGUUUUCAGUUGGCAAAAUGUCGACCGCGUUGUGGCUGAACGAAUUCUUGAAUUAUCUCAGUUUUCUGGAGACUGACGUGUCAGAAACUUUCCUGUACCUCAAUGACUUUUUUGAGAUGUCCAGCAAUUUCCACUGGCAAUCGUGCGUGUUCCGCGACGGUGAAGACGGAAACGUUUCGAAGUUCUGUUUUAUGACCGGCUUCAAGGUGGCCGAGUGGCGAGAGCGCGCCGACAUGGUUCAGGCGUGGCGUCGCGUGCUCGCAAAGUACCCGCAGUACGAAGCGGUCGUCUAUGAGGAGUACAACUUUUUGGCUGAUCAGAUCCUAACCAUCAAAUCGACUACGUUGCAGGAGGUGGGCAUCGCGUUCAUUUGCAUGUGCUUAGUGUGCGCGUUUUUCAUGCAGAAGCUGGAUAUCUUUUUCUGGGUACUGUGGAGUCUGUUCUCGAUGGACAUGGGCGUGAUUGGCCUGCUCUCUUGGAGCGGCAUCAAUCUAGAUCCUACCGUAAUCGUGUCAAUCCUGAUGAGCAUUGGACUGACAAUUGACUUCACCGUACACAUCGGCUACCACUACUACAAGAUCGGCGUCAACGGCAACUACCACAAGCUACUCGAACUAUUCGACGUCGCCGGCUGGCCGCUGAUCGAAGGGGGCAUCUGCACUCUGCUAGCGAUGAUAGCUCUCCUCUUCGUGCCGUGCUAUGUCACGUCUGUGUUUUUUAGAACUAUAUUUUUCGUGGUGGCGAUAGGCCUUUUUCAUGGUUUAAUCAUUUUGCCCAUUUUGUUCUCAUUUACGCUGCAGAGGUACAAGCAUGAAUGA